AUGUCGGGGUGAUUCGUGCAAAGGCCUUAAAACGACGGCACAAUUCGUAAAACGGUAAGCUUAAAAAAUUCUACAUGUGUCAAUAUGGACUCGAUUUUGCGCUGUGUUGAUAUUAUGUUUUGGUUUUUCAUUGAAGGGUUGACGAGUAUGUAAAAUCAGGCCGCGACAAGAGCAUCGUUGACCCCGACGAAAACAAGAUAUUUUCGAAAAGAAAAGCGAGAAAACAAACUUCCCAAGAAAUCGAACCGGAUACUAACGAAUUGGAAAACACAUUAAAUACAAGUCGAGUUAUCUACCCGACAAACAGUUGGUCGACUUCUCUGAGUCGUAUGCCUUUAUUUACUCGUGCAGAGAUGAACUUGCAUAUCUCAAAAUCUGGCAAGUCCUUCUAUCCACAUAGCAAAAAUCAUACAGUUCCAACAUGUAUGAGAAGAGCCAAAACAUUUCUAGAUGAUGAAUACCUAAAAGACGUGUUAGCCAACAGCGACGAGAAACACUUUUAUUGUAAAUGUCUGUGCUAUCACAGCUUCAAAAAGAAUGAACCACCGCACAAGUUGAAGGUUGCUUUGGACAUUGUAUCUGCAGAGGUAAAAAAUGCCGAAUGUUCCUGUGUUGCAGAAAAGAUUGGUUUCUGUAAUCAUGUGUUGGCUUUAAUGUUGAAAAUAUGCAAGUUUAGCCUUUAUGAUUGUAAAGAUGUUUCUGAAUUAAAUAAAGACGAUGACAUGCUACCCACAGAAGCUUGCACGUCUAGUUUACAGACGUGGCACAGAAAGGGUAGAGGAGAUUCUAUACAGCCGCAACCAGUUAUGGAAGUUAAUGUAAAGAAAACGAAGCUUGAUUAUAACACUUCGAAUUCCUCUGGUAGUCAAUCUCUACGUAAAAAAUCAGGCGUCCAGUGUAACUUGUUCGAAGCUCGGGCAAACUUGAGGACCCAGAAAAAAGAUGAAUUAAAUUUACAGCAAAAUCUUGAACGAUUACACCCUUCGACGGCUUUAGCACAAAUCAUGAAUGAUGCUGAUCAUGCUGGUGAUCAAGAUGACUAUGUGGAAACAUUGUAUG